AUGUCUGACCACGAGGAAGUCUCUGUCAGGGGCGGCUAUGACACCCCCGUCCCUGAGUUGGACGACCACCGCCACCAGUCCUCCUCUGUUGCCAGGUUGGACCGGCCGCGUCGGGGCACCGUCGAUACUCUCUACGGUUCUCGUCUCCUCGACCUUCCUUCGCCAUCUGACAUUCGUGUCCGCGACUUCGAGGAGGCUGUAAUUGACGAGGAUGCGGGCGAUGCCUCCCCCCUUGCGCCACGGAGCCGCCGCCCGACGGUUGAGACAAUGGAUCGCCGAUCUAUCUCUCCCCCCAACUCUGUCAAGGCAUUUGCUGAGGCCCGUCGCCGUGAACGGCUGUACUCUGUCUCGUCUGGUCAGGGGGACGAUGUGGGCGACAAGCUGCAGAGGGCCAUUUCCACCCUCAGUCGCCGCAGCGCGGGAACUCUUCGAUCUACUCGCAGCCGUCCUGGGACGGUAGAGAACGAUACGGCCAGCUUGGCCACCAACAAGUCUGCCGAGGAGGAUGUCUGCUUCCCCAUGCCAGAAGAGCAUCGCCGUGACCAGUUGUACAUCGAUUAUGACUACCUGGAGAACUUUAUUGCGGCAGAGAACGCCGAGCGCGAGAUGGGUAUCCAGGGCGCCCAACGAGUUUUCCCAAACUUGCAGCCCGACCCGACCAUCCCCAGCGCCUCGCCAAUGGUGACCCUUGACGGGGACAUCAUCCACCCUCCCGCGGGUUCAGUGGAUGAGAAGGCCGAGGUUUCUGGAUCUUCUACUGCCGCUGAGGCGCCAGCGACCCAGCAACACGUGGACCCGAACCGAUUCAGCUUCUUCUCGUCCACCUGGGAAUCCACCAUCCAUGCUCCCUCCUUCGGUGACCUGGUACUGCCUGGCGAGUCCGUUCGCGGACUAUUCUCGUUCCCGCAAGACGAGUCUGACGGUGUGUGGUGGCUGAACGUAAACUGUCCGACGGAGGAGGAAGUUAGGACUAUCUGCAAGGCUUUUGGCGUCCACCCCCUGACCAUCGAGGACGUUACGGUCCAAGAGACCCGAGAGAAGAUCGAGCUCUUCCCGUCGUACUACUUUGCUUGUUUCCGCUCGUUCACCGUCGUCCAGGAGGAGGAUGGGCCCGACUACGAACCAUACAACAUAUAUGUCAUUGUCUUCCGCGAGGGUACCCUCAGCUUCAGCUUUCAACCCAACGAGCAUGCGUCGCAUGUACGUGGGAGAAUUGCCAUGCUGAAGGACUACCUCUCGCUGAGCAGCGACUGGAUCUGUUACGCCCUGAUUGACAACAUCGUCGAUGGCUUCGCUCCUGCCAUCCACAGGAUCGAAUUGAUUACAGAGUCUAUUGAAGACUCGGUCUUCAUCGCCCGAGCCGAGGACAUGCAUACAUUUCUGCGCAAGAUCGGAGCGGUGCGCAAGAACACACUUGGCCUCAUGCGCAUCCUGGGCGGCAAGGCCGACGUGUUGAAGGGUUUCGCGAAGCGGUGCAACGAGAACUACAGGGUCACGCCGCGGAUGGACAUUGGCAUGUAUCUGGGCGACAUCCAGGAUCACGUCGUCACCAUGAUGACGAACCUGACGCACUUUGAGAAGAUUCUCUCGCGCGCACACAGCAACUACCUCGCCCAGUUGACCAUCGACAGCAUCACCCAGGGCACCAAGACCAACGAGGGCCUGGCCAAGAUCACCUUCUUGGCAUCGGUCAUUGUUCCCCUGAACGUCGUCACCGGUCUUUUUGGCAUGAACGUGGCCGUGCCCUGGCAAUCUGACAACAACACGAGCCUGGCUCCCUUUGGAGGAAUCGUGGCUUGCUUGAUCACCUUUUCCUUGUUAGCAUUACUCAUUGCGAAGAGAUGCCGAUACAUAUAG